AUGCUUGGCAUUGGAGGUGGCAUUUCCAGCAAGAAGAAAAAUAUGCGCCUUGGCGAUGUUGCUGUAAGCAAGCCUGUGACCAAUCUGCCUGGGGUCCUGCAGUAUGACUUGAUUAAGGCUGAAGGCAGUGGCCAGGUUGUUUUGAAAGGCACCCUUGACAAGCCUCAUCCGACACAGCUAAGGGCCGUUACCUACUUGGAAGGUGAAGAAAUGAUGGAUCGCUGCCCGCUCCCCGAGAACCUAGAGUUUAUUAUGAAGAAGACUUCCAGGUUUAAGCAGCCAGAGGAGGAUGAUAUUCUAUACGAUGUAACCUUGACUCAUAUCGAAAGAGGCGAGGACUGCACUGCCUGCGAGAUGUCCGGAAUGAAGAAGAUUGUACAAAUUGACGUCAAGGACCCCGAAACGGACCCCAAGUCAGUCGCUCUUGACUAA